AUGAAUCACAUCCUUACAGACCUGAUUGACUCAGAUCUUCGAACUGAUUAUUAUGCAGGGUCGGUUUCUUCACACAUUCCGGAGGAGGUUGGGAAACUCACAUUGACCUGCGCUUGGACAGCCAUCUUAGUAGCUCGAGUUGUGCAUCUCUGGACCUGGAAGCAAGCAGUCCAACGAAGUGUCCUUGCGUUUUUCUUUCUCUGUGUUGUAGUCGUGACUAUCAUAUUUGGUUUCGUGAUGAAGGAUACAGGCGCGAUAGUCCUACCUUCGCCAGUCCGCGGAUGCUUCGAUAUCAGCACAGGGCCGAAUGCUCAUCUAUACUGGACAAUGCUUGUGCCGACGUUUGUUCUGGAAACCGUACUCAUUGUCUUGACCGUUGCUCGGAUAGCAGGCCCCUUGCAGAAGAGUGAUUACAAGAAUAAGUUGCUGAGAUGCCUUGUUAGAGAUAGGUCUUAUUGGUAUGGUUUCAAUUAUGCGGAAAUUAAGCUUUCUUCAGUAUGUGUAGGAUUUGGGGUCAUAGGAAGUGCAAUGUGGGAUCAUCCUCAGGUUUCGUUUCCAGCAAUAUUUUCUGGCUUUCUUCCUGUGAUACUAUCGAUCUGCGCAUCAAGACUUCUCUUCAAUCUACACGAAUUGGCAGAAGAGCUCGUCGGUCAACCAACGUUUGCACUGAACAACGUUGAGCUCGGUCGUCUGAAUUUACGCAAGGGUCCAAGGCACGGAGAAUUCAUCGUCGAUGUCGGAGGACCAUACCCUAACCAAGAUGCUCAUUCAUUGUCGAGUCGAGGAUCGUAUUGCAAGACGAGCGAGUACGAGAACUUUUAUGCCAAUGAUGACAGGUGGUCGAGGCAACCAACUACGAAACCAACCAUGAUUAGAAGCGAAAGAGAUUGGUUACCGUACAUUCAAAGAUUGUCUAAGUUUCAUGUUGGAUUUUGGAAUGGGAGCACGUCCACGUUGUAG